AUGAACGCUUCUUAUGGUUCUUUAGUUUUAAUGUUUCGCCCAUGUAAAUUGAAUGGUCCUGUUUUGUUGACAGACGCAAUAAUUUUAGACAGAAUUUGUGAUGAGAUACCUUCUCAUCCGAUUCCUGUUUCCGCUUGGUCCCAUUUAGCGCACAUAAAAUUAGCCGACGAAUCCUUCCAUACCCCUGGUAAGAUUGAUAUUUUAUUAGGCGCAGAUGUUUUUUCGAAAAUCAUGUUGACUGAACAGAUAAUUGGAAAACCUGGUCAAAUUGACGCUAUGAACACCAUUUUCGGUUAUAUUUUAAUGGGGAAGUUCUAUUGUAAAUCAAAACCAUCUAUAUCAACAUUUUUAACUUCAUGUUCAGAUUUCUCCACAGAUAUUUCUCUGCAAAAAUUUUGGGAACUUGACUCCUUGCCUUCAGUAGAACCGAUAUCCCCUGAUAACAAACUAUGUGAUCAGAUAUUUUCCGAUCAACACUAUCGCGACAGCGAGGGUAGAUACGUCGUUUCGCUUCCAUUUCGCAGUUGUUUGCCGCAGUUUACUGGAAUGCGUGAACUGGCGCUGCAAAGGUUCUUUACUCUUGAACGAAGACUUUUGAAAACGCCCGAUUUGUAUAAAUUAUAUGUUGAGUUUAUGCGGGAUUAUCUUGAAUCCAAUCAUAUGGAGAUUAUUCCUUACGACUGCAUUAAUCGAAACUCAUAUUAUCUUCCUCAUCACUGCGUUGUAAAAGCUCAGAAUAGUCAGAGUAAAAUUCGUGUAGUAUUCAAUGCUUCCGCAAAAUCUCCUUGUUCUGAAGAAGGUUCACUAAAUGAUCAUCUUCUUACCGGGAAGAAACUUCAAAGGGAUAUAAUUUCGAUUUUACUUCGUUUUCGGUUGCAUGAAUAUACAGUAUGCGCCGAUAUCCGACAGAUGUAUCGCAUGAUUCGUAUAAGGCCAGACCAUGCAGAUUAUCAACGCAUUAUUUGGAGGUUUUCAGUCGAUGAGGCACCUCAAGACUAUAGGUUACUCACAGUAACGUAUGGUGUAAAUAGUGCCCCAUAUCUAGCAUUGCGCACCCUCAUUCAGUUAACUGAUGAUGAGGGUCCUAAAUUUCCUUUGGCUUCAAAAGCACUACUCGAAAAUACGUAUGUUGAUGAUAUCGUUGCUGGCAAUUCGUCGUUGGAAGGAGCCAAACUGUUGCUCCAGCAACUAGUUGAACUUUUGAAUAGGGGUAAUUUCGAACUUAGAAAAUUUUCUUCCAAUUGCCCUUCCGUUUUGGCAGGAAUACCGUCUUCACAUAUGUCAGCUGAUCCUCUGACAUUUGACCAGGAAGAUGAACACUUUUCUUUGAAGAUUUUGGGUUUGCAAUGGGAUCCAAAGGGAGAUUGUUUUCGCUUCAGCUUUGAACCCUUGAAUAAAUCUUCUACAAAGCGACACUUACUUUCCCAAAUAGCUCGCAUCUAUGAUCCCAUAGGUUUUUUAGCUCCAGUGACUUUUCUCCUGAAGCACCUCUUGCAAAGAGUCUGGUCGUCAGGUAUUGAUUGGGAUGAUGAACUUCCUCCAGAUAUCGCUAGAGUCUGGGAUGCAUUCAAAUCCCAAAUUCAGAUCCUAUCCUCGAUCACCAUUCCUCGCAAACUUCUCUCCCCGAAAGCCAAGUCUUACCAACUCGUAGGAUUUUGUGACGCCUCUGAGAGGGGUUACUGCGCCGUGGUUUAUAAUCGUAUGAUUGAUGACAACGAUCAACCAAAUAAUAAUUUUUUAUGCGCAAAAACUAAAGUUUCUCCUCUGAAACGAAUAACAAUUCCGCGUCUUGAAUUGUGCGGUGCUGUACUGCUAGCCAAGCUCCUCUCAUAUUGCCUUCACGUAUUUCGGGAUUCUAUAGAUUUUUGUAAAGUUUACGCUUUCACGGAUUCCCAAAUCACAUUAGAUUGGAUCAAGGGAUCACCACAUCGGUGGCCUACAUUUGUAGCCAACAGAGUAGCUCACAUCCAGGAGAAGGUACCUAGUGCUUCGUGGUAUCACAUUGACUCCAAAAAUAACCCCGCUGAUGCCGGGUCCAGAGGGUUAUUGCCUUCAGAAUUCGCCUAUCAGUCCAUUUGGUUUGAUGGACCUCAAUUAUUGCACACGCCUUCAAGCUCAUUUCCUGUUAAUAUCGAUAUUGAUGUGACCACUCAACAGAACAUUAAUAAUUUUUGCUCGAAACUUUCAGAUAAAUCUGCCCAGAAUAUUAUAAUUUCUUUACUCGAUAGUAUUUCUUCGUUGACCAGAAUUCAAAGAAUUCUCGCAUAUGUUCUUCGCUUCACGCAUAACGCUAAAAAAGAGAGUGAUAAACUGUCUGGAAAUCUCACACUCCUUGAGCUAAAUGAAUCAUUGUUUCAAUUAGUCAGAGUCACGCAACAACAUGCCUUUUCAACCGAAGUUAAAGGGAACACUUUUCCCAAACAUUGGCAAAAAUUGAAAAUUUUUCUUGAUGAACGAGGUAUAUUAAGAGUAGGAGGCAGGAUUGAUUCAUCCUCGUUAUCUUUCGAGUCAAAACACCCAAUGCUUUUACCUAAAAAGAGUCGUUUGACAGCACUUGUCGUUGAUAUGUACCAUAAAAAAUAUUUACAUGCAGGACUUCGCACUCUUAGAUUUCUGAUUGCUCAAAGAUUUUGGAUCAUCAGUGGUAGAAAGGCCAUUUCUUCGGUUUUGAAUAGGUGUUUAAAAUGUUUCAAAAUUCGGCCCAAGCCAUAUCAACCCCCUAUGGGUGCACUUCCAAAACCACGGAUUUCUGAAGUUAAACCUUUCAGUAAUUGUGGAGUAGAUUUCGCAGGUCCUUACUCUAUAACUAUAUAG